AUGCCUUUAGCUGUGUCUAAUGCACCAGGUGUGUUUAUGGAAUAUAUGAAUAGAAUAUUCGACGCGUAUUUAGAUCAGUUUCUUGUUGUGAUCAUCGAGGAUGUUCUAAGAUAUUUGAAAUUGGAUAUGGACCAUGCAGAGAAUAUGAGUUAUUCAUUGUCAAAGUUAGCUGAAGAGUAUAUUGAAAGGAUUGCCAAUUUUCAUGAUAUCCCUUUGAGUAUUGUUUUUGAUACAAAUCUGAGAUAUACAUCGAGGUUUUUAGAGAGUUUGCAGGAAUCUAUAGGUGAGAGUGUUGUGCUCAAAUAUGAGAUCAUUCAACAGACCUCUGAGAAGAUCAAGAUGAACCAAGAGAAGAUGAAAGCUUCACAGAUUCACCAGAAGAGUUACCAUGAUAAGAUAAGUAAGGCACUUGAAUUCCAAGAGGGAGAUCACGUAUUUUUAAGAGUUACUCCGGUGAGUGGUGUUGGACAAGCAUUGAAAUCUCGAAAGUUCACACCGUGUUUUAUUGGUCUUUAUCAGAUCUUAGGGAGAGUAGGAGAAGUGGCUUACAGAGUUGCUUUACCGCCGUUUCUUUCAAAUCUCCAUAAUGUCUUUCAUGUGUCUCUGUUGAGGAAGUACAUUCCUGAUCCAUUUUAUGUGAUUCAAGUGGAUAGUGUGCAAGUUAGAGAAAACUUGACAGCAGAGGCAUCUCCCUCGAGAGUAGAGAAUCCAGAAGUGAAGCACUUGAGAGACAAAGAGAUUGUGUUGGUGAAGGUAGUGUCGGGAGGACCUACUAGUGGAAGCAUGACGUGGGAGCCUGUUAGGUGCCAAAUUGUGUUAAUAUUUACUCAUGUAUUUGGUACCUUUCGACUAUUUUAUUCGCAUAUUCUUGGAUCCCCGUUUAUUUUGAAGUAA